AUGCGUCAUGUCGUGCUGUUUGCCGCCGCCUUUGUUGCCUCCGUUGCGGCCGGCGUCAAAGACGUCGAGGUGCACGUGAUGUCGUUCAAUGUCCGCACGUCACAGGCUUCGGCCGACGCCGGGUCAGCCUGCGGCAAUUGGAACGGCGUGCGCAAGGACAAUGUCCUGCACAACAUUAAGAGUAUUGGCGCUGACUUUGUCGGCACGCAAGAGACUUCGGAUGCGCAGAAAGUCUACUUGGACGCGAAGUUAGCUGGCACGUACGCGGUCAUUGGCGAGACCUCUGGCUCGCUCAAUGGCAAUGCCGCCGAGUGGAACGCCAUGUACUACCGUUCCGACAAGUGGAAAGUGCUCACGAACGGUAUGAUUUGGCUCGGACCCGAUCCAAGCACCAUGUCUGCAGGGUGGGGGAUGGCGUACUACCGCACGUGCGUGUGGGGUCGCUUCCAGCAUAUUGACACGGGGGCGUCGGUCUGCGUGCUGAACACGCACUACGAGACUCCAGGCAAUGACGAGGCUCAGCAGCAUGGCUCCAAGAUCAUUCUCAAGCACAUUGAGGCCCACUGUGACGCCAGUGACGGUCUGAUUGUUGUCAUGGGCGACUUUAAUGCGCUCAAGAGCUAUCCAGCCAUGCAGAUUAUGUUUGAAAACAACUUGGAAGACCCGUCGGACGAGGGAACGUUUUGCGGCGACAUGCUGUCUGCAACCUGCGCUGUCAAGUAUGACUUCACUUUGUUUCGUGCUCAGAGCAAAAACGUGUGCCACCUAAAGUCGGAGAUUUCGCGCAUCGAGUACGACGGAUGCUACUCGUCCGACCACGCUGGACUUGUCGGCUCCUUUUGUCUCCACGGCUCUUGCUGUUCGAAGAACUUGUCAUCAAGCACAGGCUCGAACGACUCAUACUACCAAGACGAUGACGUCGCAAAUGAAAGCGAUGUGGUCGGCACAGUGCAAGCAAGUGAGACCGACGACGACGACGACGGGGUAGGAUCAGGGCGAGCAAACGACCGCGACAAGUCGCGACAUGCAACUCCUCCUUCGUCUCCUGGCGGCGCCGAAACGAUUUCCACAUCUUCAGGGUCUGCUAGUAAAACUUCGAUCACGAUUGGAGGCAUUUUAGGCGCUUGUUGUCUGUGCGGUCUCAUUGGUUUCGUGGCUAUUCGUCGGAAGAAGAGCCUUGAGAAGCAGACAGAUUUGGAGAAGCUGGACGACUCGAGCACUACUGGAUACGUCGGAGGCGCUAGAACAUUGCAGUCUAUGUCCAGUAUGCCGGUGUUGUCUUCCUCGAAAGAGGCUGCAGAGCGCGUUUCGAACUCGUCUGUUCCAGAACUUGCGGCAGUUCCGUUCGAUUCCCGCGUCUCGUCAUCAUCCUCCGUCUCGGUGUCUGGCUCCGACGCCGCUCGACAUGUUUAUCGGAUUUCUGAGCUCCCUCAGUUAAGGGAUAGCAGUAGCGUUAUCAAACGACAGUCGACUGCAUCAACAACGUAUCUGGCCAACUUAGAGCAACAGUCUACGCUCGGCGACUCUGGCGUGGAGCACGAAGGCGACGCGAAUCCGUCCAUCAUAAGCUACAGCGACACGUCCAUGUCAAGUUUCGACUCGGCUGGAUCGUUUGGCAACUCUUCGCCCGCUAUGAGCAAGAUCGACUUUAGCGAGAUUUUUGCGUUGGACUCGUGCGUCUCGGACGACAGUGCGCUCGUCAAGUCGCAAGCUGACUUUGCCAAACUCUGA